AUGGAAAGCGCAUGGAGCAACGACAAGAUAAAGGUCCUAAAGUCAAGGACUUCGAAUGAGAACAUUCCACCGAUGCAGAUAGACUCGGAUGAGAGGAGAGGACGCUAUAUCCAACCGUCAGCGAUGAGUCCACGGUUUCAACCGUACGCCGAAAACAUCAACGCUGGUUUGCCGCUCUCGCGCUACCUGUUCGCUGGAUCGCCGUUGUCCGGGAAGUUACUAUCAGAUGGGGUGAAGACGAAAGAGGGAGGUGACUUGGAAUAUCACAGACCAACUGAUCUUGUGCUCUUUGUAUACGAAAAACUUCCCAGAGUUUAUACAAGAGAUGUAAACGACCUUGUGGUGACCCAGAAGAUAUCUCUUGUGGAAGCCUUGAUAGGGUGCACUGUUAAUCUGGUCACCCUUGAUGGAAGAAGCUUAAUUAUGCCUAUCGACCAAAUUAUUCAUCCUGAAUAUGAAGAGGUUGUUGAAAGAGAAGGAAUGCCUCUCCCAAAGGAUCCAACAAAGAAGGGAAACUUAAGGAUAAAGUUCAAAAUCACAUUCCCAGAUGACCUCACUCCUGACCAUAAGCUCGAAAUGCAGAAGCUUUUGAGUGAUUGA